AUGGGCCAGCCGUAUGCCGUUCAGGCCGACGACAAAUUGGCCCGCGAGAGCCAGUUGCGACCUCGUUGGAAACGGUCUCCCCGAGGCACUUACCGACGCUUCCUUACCAUCGGCGGUGCCUGUUUGCUUCUCACCGGAGUCGCCAACCUUGUGUCGCACAGCUUCUCUGGCCUCACCGGGCACCACUGCAACCGUGAUGGCCGCUUCUCCCAAUCGCGCGGUCAGAACGGGCAGAGUUUGAGCUACCAGGAGCUCGAGUCGAUAUUCCUCGAGACACCAUCCUCCGAGCUUGCCGAGAAGUGGCUAUACUACUAUACGUCAGGGCCUCACUUGGCCGGGAAGAAUCUAAGUCAGGCCGAAUGGACAAGGGACAGAUGGGAGGAAUGGGGCGUUAGCUCUGAGAUUGUCUCCUACGACACUUACAUCAAUUACCCCGUCGACCAUAGCCUCAGCCUGCUGCGCGAGGUCGGCGGCGAUGGAAAUACCAAGACCUGGGAGGUUGCCUUCAAGGCGUCCUUGGAGGAGGAUGUAUUGGAAGAUGACCCGACAACAGCUCUUGAGGACCGUAUCCCCACGUUCCAUGGUUACUCUGCCAGCGGCAAUGUUACUGCGUCCUUCGUUUACGUCAACUAUGGCACAUACCAGGAUUACCAAGAUCUAGUCGAUGCCGGGAUUCAGCUCGAGGGGAAAAUUGCCAUUGCAAAGUACGGCGGGAUCUUCCGAGGCCUUAAGGUCAAGCGUGCUCAGGAACUGGGUGUAAUUGGUGUGCUGAUCUACAGCGACCCUGGCGACGAUGGCGAGUACACCAUCGCCAAUGGCUAUGACAGCUAUCCCAAAGGACCUGCGCGCCACCCCAACAGUGUGCAGCGUGGCAGCGUCGAGUUCUUGAGCGUGUCUCCUGGUGACCCGACCACCCCAGGAUGGCCUUCGAAGCCUGGUGCACCCCGGGCGCCGCCGCACAAUGCCAUCCCAAGCAUCCCCAGUAUUCCUAUUUCCUAUACGGAUGCCCUGCCCAUCCUCAAGGCGCUGAAUGGCCACGGGCCCAAGGGCACUGAUCUGAACAAGUACUGGGGUAUCAAUAACGGCCUGGGCUAUGCAGGAGUCGAAUAUUUCGUUGGUCCUUCUCCCGACGACGUUGUUCUCAACCUUUAUAAUGACCAAGAAUAUGUUACCACACCACUGUGGAACGUCAUUGGAAUUGUCAACGGCACUAUCCCGAAUGAGGUUAUCAUCGUUGGAAACCAUCGAGAUGCUUGGAUCGCGGGAGGAGCUUCCGACCCCAACAGCGGCUCCGCCGUCAUCAAUGAAGUAAUUCGAGGUGUUGGCAAGGCGCUUGAGGCAGGCUGGAAGCCGCUCCGAACUAUCGUCUUCGCCAGCUGGGAUGGUGAAGAGUACGGUCUCAUUGGUAGCACCGAAUGGGUGGAGGAGUACCUGCCCUGGAUCCAGGAUGCGAACGUUGCAUACAUCAACUUGGAUGUUGCUGUAUCUGGAGACGUGUUCCAUGGUGGCGCGACACCAACCCUCCACAAGCUUCUCCGAGAUAGCGUAGGCAAGGUCCUGUCACCCAACCAGACCAUCGAAGGCCAGACGAUCGGUGAUCUUUGGGAUGGUGUUAUCCCACCACUGGGUAGUGGCAGCGAUUUCACCGCGUUCCAGGACUACGCCGGUGUCCCCGCUCUCGACAUCGGCUUCAAGGCAAACCCCAAGAGCCCAGUUUACCAUUACCACAGCAACUACGACAGCUUCCACUGGAUGUCCAUUCUCGGUGACCCGGGCUUCAAAUAUCACAAGGCGGCGUCGCAGCUUUUGGGUCUGAUCGUUGCAAACCUUGUCGACAGUAUUGUCAUUCCCCUCCAAGCCACGGCGUACGCAGACGCUCUGGACAAGUACCUAGAUGGCAUCGAGACACAGCUUGGAUCCACCGCCGAACCCGUUACUGAGGCCGAAAUCUUUGUUCAUCGGGCGAAGGAAUCUGCUGGUCCCGUGCAGGGCAGCUCCGACGCUUUCAAGGAUAGCCUUUUCGCCAUUCGCGAAGCUAUCCAGCGCCUGCACAUCAGUGCUGAGAGGCUCGAUGGCGCGUCUGCCUGGAUCAAUCAGCAGCUGGAGGAGGGUAUUCCGUGGUGGAACUUUAUCAAGAAGGCCAAGGUUGCUCUGGCCAUUCUGUCAGUCAACAAGAAGUACAAGCUUUUGGAACGGAAUCUGUUGUAUGAGGGUGGUUUGGAUGGCCGUCCUUGGUUCAAGCACGUAGUCUACGCGCCUGGAUUAUGGACGGGAUACUCUGGAGCUGUCUUCCCCGGUUUGACAGAGAGCAUCGACGCUGAUGAUUACAUCUCGGGACUCAAGUGGGCAGGGAUUAUUAAGAAGGCGAUUGACAGGACGUCAAGAAGCAUUCACUAG